AUGUUUAUAAUUGGUGUCAAUCACAGUGAGUACACUCCUGAUAUUGACGCUGUGUCAAUUGGUGAACCAUUGUUUCACUGCUAUGCUCCUCUUGCAAAGGUUAUCAACGAGAAGCUUGGAAUUGCCUUGGGUCAGUGGACCAUUGUUUUCCCGGAUGUGGGGCCCAACGUUGUUCCUAUGAGAUGUCCAUCUGGAUCUCCCCUGAAUAAUGCAACUUAUGCCCAGAUCAAAGAUGUUAUUAAGCAAGAGUCUGAUGGAGAGCUCAAUGGAAUCCUCAGAUUCCGCGACGAUCAGAUUAUGUCAUUGGUGACAAGAGGUCCUGCAUCUUUGAUGCCCAAUCUGGUACUGCAACGAGCAAUAGAUUUUUCAAUCUUGUAG